CUCAGUAAUGGAAAUCCAUGGAUGUUCAUUGUAUAUUAUGUUCCUGAUGUUUAUUGUAUAUUAUGUUCCUGAUGUCUUCUUUCAUAUGCUUGUAGGGCUGUAAUGAAUCUGUGAUUACGAUAUCAAGCAAUAGGGAAACAAAAGAUACUAUUAUCGGAAAGAUGAAAUCAAAAGGCUCACAGGGAAAACGAGCUCAAGCACCGAUACCCAGCAACAAUGUGCUUAGUGUUAGUGAGGUGAUUUUCUUUACUAUGGUUGACUUCUUAGUGUACUCGUCAAUUUAUCUGUUGUCUUUUGCAUCUUCUUUCUUUGAUCUAUAUGUGUGUGUAUAUUCCUCCCCCCUGCAUUUGCUUUUAAUUAGAUUUUACCAAGCCGACUUCUUUCUUCGCUCUCGCAGGAAGAAACUUUCUUCCUCGAAGUACAUUAGAGUCGAAUCUUUGUGUUGGUUUUGCAAAUUCUUUGUGCUGUUUCCUUCCUUGCGCUUGUAAGGAGCCUGCCUGCACUACUGCUUUUACGCUGAUUGGUGACCCCUUCUUCAUAUCCGUACGUAGAUUCUAUUUUGGGCAAAUUGUUAUAUGGUGAUAUUAUAUGUGAUAAACAAGAUUCUAUUUUGGGCAAAUCGAAUACUGGUUUAGUUAAUUGGAUUUUUUCUUCUUUUCUUUUUAUAUGGUGAAUACUGGUUGGUUUUAGUAUAGUGUCUGCAAACUUUGCAACUUGCAAGUGAGACAGCAAGUGUGUGUUUCUUAGUAGUAUAUAAUCUGCAGUAACUUCAUUCAUUCAUUCUUUCUUGUUCUCAUUUGCUCUGUUGUUGUUUUAGGCCGAGUGUGAUGAUGUUGGAAUGGAUUCCUUAAGUGGGGAAGAGAUGGAAGUCGAAAUGGAUGCAAGUACGAGCAAGGUGGCUGCUAGUGAUCAUACUGGUUCAGCUUCAACUCACAUUAAUUCACCAAUGCCAAAAGGGAGGAGGCUUACAUCAAAAGUUUGGGUCCAAUUCAGGAGGUAUAAGAAAGACGGUUUAUUCAAGUAAUCAUGCAUCAAAUGCGGGAAGACUUAUGCAUCUAAAUCACGUAACAAUGGAACUAGUGCACUUCGCAAUCAUAUGAGUAAACCGUGCGGUGAUGGAAAAGGUACGGCUCAACAACUAUUGAAUACUCUUAGAGCUGAACUAGGUGAGGGGGAUGAAUCUGUGUUAGGCAGUUGGAAGUUUGAUCAAGCAGCUAUAAGGAAAGGAUUGACUUAUAUGAUCGUUGUGGAUGAAUUGCCUUUCAGAUUUGUUGAAUACUUGGGUUUCAAAUACUUUAUGUCACUUGCUUGUCCUAGAUUCCAUAUACCCUCUAGAAGAACAGUGACUAGGGAUUGUUGGGAUUUUUAUCUUGAGUUGAAACAAAAGUUGAAGGAUGUCUUUAGCAACUGUGAAGGUAGAGUUUGUUUGACUACAGAUUCAUGGACUUCAAACAAACAAUUGAACUUCAUGUGUGUGACAGCUCAUUUUAUUGAUAGAAAUUGGAUAUUAAGGAAAAGGAUAAUUGGUUUUCGCCAAAUCUUUAGUCAUAAGGGGGUGGAUAUUGCAAGUGCAGUUAUGUCUUGUUUGGAUGAAUGGGGGAUAGAUAAGAUUUUCACAAUCACUGUUGACAACGCUAGUUCGAACGAUACUGCAAUAGAAGAAUUGAAAAGCAUAUUUGAUGAUAGAAAGAUUGGCAUGUGUGAUGGCAAAUUUCUUCACGUUAGGUGUGUGGCUCAUAUAAUGAAUCUUGUUGUGAUGGAUGGAUUAUCUGAGAUAUCUGUGGCUGUAAAAAGAAUUAGAGAGGCGGUGAGAUUUGUUAGGCAGUCACCUGCAAGAAUUCAGAAGUUUAAUAAUUUUGUUGCUCUUGAUAAUACGAGCAAGAGUGGGUUGUGUCUAGACGUUCCGACAAGAUGGAAUUCAACCUUUUUGAUGUUGCAAUCUGCUGUAAAGCAUGAGCAUGCUUUUAAUCUUUAUCGAAUGUCAGAUAAGCAAUUCCAAAAUGAACUUGAAAUGAAGAGUGGAGUACCUGAUAGCUGUGAUUGGGAUAGUGCUAGAAGAAUGAUGAAGUUCUUAGAACAGUUUUAUCAGUUCACCUUAAAAGUUUCAGGUUCAAAGUAUAUCACCUCCAAUUUAUUCCUUCCUGAAGUUGGGAACUUAUACAAUUUAUUGAGGAAUUGGGUAAUUCCAGACAAGAAGGAUUACCAAUUAAGCUUCAUGGCAACAAAGAUGAAACAAAAAUAUGAUAAAUAUUGGGGAGAUGUGGAUAAGAUGAACAAGCUAUUGUACAUAGCUGCUGUGUUAGAUCCAAGGCUAAAGUUACAGUUUAUUGGUUUCACACUCAAGUGGAUGUAUAAUGAUGAGAAAGCAGUUUCUGAAUUGACAAAAGACAUUGAGCUUGCUACUUAUGAGUUAUAUGCUCAUUAUGAGAAUCAAAUGGAAGUAGGUGAAGAUUCCUCCUCUCAAACAGAACUAGAUGAUAAUGGUGGGAAUGUGGAUUUAGUUGCCGAGUAUAUGAAACAAAUGCAAAAGGAAAGAGGUGUAGUGAACAAUACCGAACUGGAUAGAUAUUUGAAGGAGGGUGUUGAAAAAUCAAUGGAUGCCAAGUUUAAUGUGUUAGGAUGGUGGAAAGUAAACAGCCAUAGGUUUCCAACUUUGUCUCGGAUGGCAAGGGAUGUAUUGGCUGUCCCGGUUUCUACGGUUUCAUCCGAAACAGCUUUUAGCACUGGAGGUAGGGUGCUGAAUGAUUUUAGGAGCUCUUUGACUCCUAGGAUUGUUGAGGCUCUUAUUUGUACUCAGGAUUGGCUCCGGGCAUACUCUAGUGCGUGUCUAGUUGAAGAAGAUUCAGAGGAGAUUGACAAUAUCGAUGAAGAGUUGAGCAUGAUAAUGAACGCUAUUGGUAUAUCCGAUGUUCCGCUUCCCCGUAUCCAUACUCCUCGUAUGAGUCCUAAUGUAGAGGCAAGCACAAACAUAUAAGGUAACAUUUGAAGCUAAUCAUUAGUACAAUUUCUUACUGUAUGGCUGAGUGUUUCUUAAAACUCGGGUUAUGUUUUUGCAAAUCUUUUAUAAUUCUGGGAAAACCCACCAUGGUUUCCUCUGUUCUUUUCCUUCACCCCAUUGGAAAGCCAUGUUUUGAGUUUAUUUUUUGUGGUAGCAAUGGUGCUGAAGUGAGGAGAUUUUGGGGUUCUAAAGUGAAUAUGAUAUUGAAUAGGUAUCAGAUAUGGAAACUUGAUAUUUAAGCCAUGUUUUGAGCUUCAUGGCAACUGCCAUCCCUUCACCUUGAAAAUUUGAUUUGAACUCAUAUGAGUAUGGAAGAGCAACCCUUCUCCUAAUGAUAUAUUAUGCAUAUAAACAGCUCUAGAGUAGGUACAUUGACAGAAAAGUUGUUCUCUUGUUUCCUGUCCAAGCCCACAGCGUGUACAACUGUCAUCAUAGAUCUUGCCCCAGGCCUUCAAUUUUUCUAGAGUACUUAUUCUAUCCUUGAUGACCAGCCAGCUUAUGACACUAUGCCUAGGCACACCAUACUGUCCUCCGUCCAAUGAAUACCAAGUCUUGGCCCUCUCUCCCAUAACUUCUUACUACUCUCCACAUGUCCCUUCCCUUGUUGACCAUGUUGAACUAAACUUCCAUUAAACUUAGCAGGCAAAGGUUUGAUUCUGUUCUUCUCCCGCCUAUAUUCCGAUCCAUCAACAAUGUCAUUCCCUGCCCCUUGGAGCACGGGCUGCUGCAAAAAAGAUCAAGUACAAUUUCUUACUGUAUGGCUGCAGCAUAUGCUCUGUUUUGGUGGCAGAAAACAGAGCAUCUGAUAUGGGUUUUGGUGGCAGGAAACAGAGCAUCUGAUUUCUUUUUUAUUGUGUAAAAUAUGCUCUGUUUUGGUGGCAGGAAACAGAGCAUCUGAUUUCUUUUUUAUUGUGUAACAUAUGCUCUGUUUUGGUCGCAGGAAACAGAGCAAUGUGGAGGGAUGGCCUGAUCCGUCAUUUGCAUUCAAGGCUUCAAGGCUGCUUUUUUCUGUUUUUCCCCCAUUUGCAUUCUUUCUGUGCAGGGAUGGUCUGAUCCGUCAAGCACAGGGGCUGCUGAAUCCUUUUCUUCCCUAUGUAAUGUUGCAGUAGAGAAUUGUUCCAAUUUGCUCCUUAUGAACAAGAGCUUGAGGCUUUGUAAGAGAAACUUCCAGUUGACUUCGAAUUGAAAAACACUAAUUGGAAUAACAGAUUUCAGAAUUA